AUGACAACAAUACAUCAACGAAUUGAAACCGCGCACAGAGAUGCAAUUGUAAGUUUUUUUUUGAAAAGUAUUUCUGCAUAAUUCCAUUUUUUAGCAUGAUGCUCAACUCAAUAUGUAUGGAAGUCGUCUAGCGACUUGCGGUUCAGAUAGAUUGGUUAAAAUCUUCGAAGUUCGACCAAAUGGACAAUCUUUCCCAGUAGCAGAAUUGGCAGGACACGCUGGACCAGUUUGGAAAGUUUCGUGGGCUCAUCCGAAAUUCGGAGGACUUUUAGCAUCUGCGGCAUAUGAUAAGUGAGUUUUUUGCUAGAUUUGGGUACGAUAUUCGUUGUUUUUUUCAGAAAAGUGUUAAUUUGGCAAGAAGUGAGUGGCCGUUGGCAAAAAUCGUAUGAAUGGAAUGCACAUGAAGCAAGCACAACAUGUGUCGCAUUUGCUCCACCACAAUACGGUUUAAUGCUUGCGUCAGCUUCUGCUGACGGAGAUAUUGGAAUCUUGCGUUUCGAUGCUGCGUCAUCGCAAUGGCUUGCAUCUAAAAUCCCAAAAACUCACGAACAAGGAGUGAAUGCGGUUUCGUGGGCUCCGGGAAGUUCUGCACAUGAUGCAAAGAAAAGAUUGGUUUCGGCAGGAAAUGAUAAAAGUGUCAAGAUUUGGGUUUUGUAAGUUGAACGUUUUGGGGAGUUGAAAUUGAGAACUCUUUUCUGAAAUUUGGAAAAAAGUGUGGGGGUUUCUAGAGAUUGUGAUUUAUUAUCAGUUAUUUUCAAAGAUUUUAGUCCUAUUUCGAAAAUCUCAAUUUUUGAAAAGCGGAAAAAAGUAGCAUUUCAGAACUCACCAAAAGAAUUCUGUAAUUUCAUGCUUCUCAAAACCAUUUUCUAUUUUCGUUCAUAAUUCACGCCAAAAUAGACCAAAAAUCGGGCCAUAUUGUUCUUAUCACAACAAAAAUAUCAAAUGUUGACCAAUAUUUUUUUCCUGCAAAUGCACGAAAAAUAAAUCACAGUUCAUUUUCUCAACUCCCAACGUUCUUUUUUUGCUCGCGUUUUGUUUGCUCUGGCUAUUUGAUCCGAUUUGACAAAUUUUUGUUUCAUCAUCACGUGUGUUUAAUAUUGGUUUUGUGUGUACUUGGGAUGGGAUGGCAGAAAAAAUGAAGACCAAGACAAAUUAAAUUGAAAUUGAGACGGGUUUGGGGAUUUUGGUGAAGAAAAACCAAGAUAUUCUGUGUUUUUAAUUUUGAAAAAUUCUGAAAAUUUAAAAUAAUCCGAAAUAAAAAGGUACAUUUUUGAGAAAUCUGAAAAUUUACUUGGCAUAACACAACUCUUCCGCAACAUCGCUUUUUCAGCAAUGAACAACAAAAUGAAUGGGAAUGUGAAAAAGUGCUCCAUGGACACACCGAUUAUGUUCGAGAUGUUGCUUGGUGUCCAGUCACAAAUAAUGGCCUGAAUUCAAUUGUUAGUUGUGGAGUUGAUGGAAAUUUGGUAUUGUACAGAUCGAAAAAUAUUGAAACUGAUGAUUGGCAAUCGAAAUUAUUGGAAAAGGAUACGAAUUCACUGUUCCAUGUGUCUUGGUCGCCUUGUGGAACUUUUUUGUCGGUUUCGGGAGACAGUAAUGCGGUAAGAAAGUUUUUGGGAACGAUAUUCGGGGGUUUUUUUUUGAAAUUCAAAAAGACGUAUUUUUGAAUUAGGAAAUUUGAUUUCAAUUUGAAAAAAGAGAUCCACAUAAUUUCUUUGUGUCUUGAUUUCAAUCUAGAAAUUAUCUGGGACAUAAUUCUUAUUAAAUUUGGAAGUUAAAAGUAAAAAAAUCAAUUUUUUAUACAAUGUAUGAAUUCAGAAUUCAAAAUUGUUCGUUUCUAAAUUACUAAAUAUAUUAUUUUUAUACUGAAAUUACGUUUUUUAAAAUGUUUUUGAGUACUGAAAGAAUACUAAAAUUUGAAAAUUUUCACUCAGUUUUAUUAGAACAUUUAAAAUCUGUCUAAUUCUUUUUUAUUUCUUCAAUUCUCUUACAAAUCCCAUUUCUCUUCCAAAAUGUCAUAUUUUUUUCCAUUACCAUAAUUGAUAAUAAAACAAAAAUGUGACAUUUUUUGAUUGGGUCAUAAAAAAAUCAAUUUUUUCCUGAAAUGUAGUUUCUCUCAAAUAUCCAGGGACCUUCUUUUUUUUAAAGAUUUCAAUUUGGCGCGAAAAUCUGCAAGGCCAAUGGAUGAAAGUUCCACGUGAGGAAUCAUGA